CUGGAACUCACCUACUAAUUCCGUACAAUGACAGAACGUUCAAGCAGCACUUGCUGUAGGCAACUAUUAAUACUACUUAAAUACAGGCGAUACUCUCAUACAUUCAUCACCGAACAACUAACACCCACAUAAACACAAGCAAUUCGAUCCUCUCAAGGAGAAAAUUUUCGCAAGUCAGAUCAGGAUGAAUUCAUCAGAUUCAAAUUCAGAUGGCAAACGCCCAUGCAACUUCCAGGAAACUUCAGGACCAACAACCCGAUCAGCAGUUCUUGGACCAUUCUGUUGGACAUUUGCACCAACGGAGCGUAGGCAAAUGCCCGAUUCCAUCAUCGAAUACAUAUUGAAAUAUUUCUACGAGCCGCGGCCCCUCCCGAGGGAUGUUUACAACGACCUAGAUUGUCCCAAAGCCGGCCCUCACCUAGAACGUUACGACAAUUUAGACGACAUCUUCCUGCAUUUCUGUUGGGACGUGAAGAAUAAACUAAGGGACGAAAUCAAUGAUUUGAAGAAAGAGCAUGAUGAUUUGAAUCGAAACUACGCAGCUUUACUCAACCAAUUCAUCGGAUCUUCAGCCGUGGAAAUCUCUUCAGAAUCCUGGAAACUCCUAAACUGUGAUGCAGGUCGUCCCUUUGAUCCUCCGGACAAAUGUGUGUGCUGUAACUGUUUCCGGCUGCUUGAACAUUCCCUCUGGGAAACACUAUGGAAGACGCACAGCUUGGUCAUUGACCUCGAUUUCUUGCGCAUCGAACAUCAGGAAUUGGUUGAGAAGUAUGCUUGGCUCAGGUACAAAGUACGCCAGUCAUAGAGAACAUGCAAGAACUUGAAGGCUGGCUCUCAUAAGGUCAUCUGGAGUUUCUUUUGUCGAUGUCUACAAGUCUAGGGAAUGAGUUCCUAGGUAGAAUGAUUCUUUCUUGAUAACAACGUAUUUGCCUCCCAACAAAAAGACCAA